CUGCUCUUGUCAAGGCUGAGUAGAAAAAAAAAGGAUAGAGGAAAAGAGAUGGCUGAAAUGUCCUUGAAAGAGUUACCGAUUAUCACUGAAGAUGGGUUGAAAUUGUGAAGAAGCUCCUUGUUCAGACCAUAGAUCACUCCCAACCAGUGGUGAAAUUCAGAUUUUUUUAGUACCGGUUCUGUGGGCAUGGCUUGGUGGGCAUGGCUUGGUGGGCAUGGCAGGGGAAGGAUACUGUAAAAUCUCCAUUCCCACCCCACUCUGGGGCCAGCCAGAGGUGGUAUUUGCCGGUUCUCCGAACUAUUCAAAAUUUCCGCUACCGGUUCUCCAGAACCUGCUGGAUUUCACCUCUGCUACCAACCCCUAACAUCUUACAUAUCAACCAGCUACUUAAGUUUACUCUGUUAUCUUCAUCAGACCUUUUUCCUGGAAAAACAAUGCCUCCGAAUUUAAACAAAUCACAAAAUAAUGGGCAUCUCAAGGACUUUUUGAACUCUUCUGUCAAAGCCGUGCCGUCUUAAAAUCCUUGCUAAACCUCAGUUGCUGAACCCCUUGGUCAGAAGCUCCCUAGUGAGCUUUCAAGAUCAAGAGAAGACCAUACAUGAUGGAGGAAUCUUCAAACUCUUCAAAAUGCGGGAGGAGAGGGAAGGAUCAGAAAGGGCUUCCCUACUUUUCCAGGUUUUUCUUCCUUCCUGCCUGCCUGCCUCUAACCUGUCUUCUCUUGAGGGACAGUCUCAACAUACAAUAGUUGCUAGGACAGGUGGUUGCUGAGGAAAUGACGUUUCAGGGAGAAAGAAGGGGGGAAGGUGGAAAGAAAUUAGAGAACGUAAGGGAGCCAGAAGCUAAAUUGCACACACACACCCCAUGUCUCGCCACGGCGGUCUUCUCCAUCCUGCGCUGAGAAUGGGGACCGAGGAAGAAGCCUAAAAGAGAGGAGAUGUGACGGUCUCCUUAGCAAUUCAACGUUAGAACCUCAGGUUGCAGGAGAAAGGGAUGGAAAGCUCCGAGAAAGCUUGUCUGAAGAGUCAGACUGCUGGAGAACGGGAAGCAGGUAAGAAGCCGGACCAGAGAACCCCCAUCUGUGACAAAAAUGUCCAAGGUGCUUCCCUUGGGGAUGAAAAAAAGGAUCCUGCAGUCAAGGUAAAAGAGAACCAACCGCUUCCCAUCCAGUCCCAGCCAGGUGUGUGCUGGCCUUGCCCAGACGGCACCUUUGUCAAGCUGAUCCUAACAGCCGGGACAGGUUUGGAUAAACCGAAGGAAGGGUCCAUCUGCCAAGUCUUCAUCGAGGCCAGUCACGAAGGGCCCUUGAGCUACCCUUCCUCAAGGUGGGCCGAGGUGGAGCUGGGCGGGGGCGACGCCGAAUGGGACGGUGUGGUGGAUCGUGGUUUGGAAACCAUGCUGGCGGGGGAGCGGGCUGAACUGAGGUUGUCCGAGGGCGGCACCAUCACCGUCCAGUUGGCGAGCUUCACGGAGGCCAAAGACUCUUGGGAGAUGAGCGCAAGCGAGAAGUGGGACUUGGUCCUCAGCAAUAAAGACCGCGGCAGUGAGCUAUACAGGGUGGGAGCCAUUGCCGCAGCUGCCAGGCGCUACGCUAGGGCCUUACACUUGCUCGUGGUGGCUGCUCCACCCCCGGAUUAUGACCAGAUCAAGGCGGAGCUUCACACCAACUUGGCUGCCUGUCAGCUACGGUUGCACCAGCCGGCCAACGCCGCUCAAAACUGCUCCAAGACCCUUGUGCUCCAACCAGCCAACCCCAAGGCCUUGUUUCGUCGCGGCUUGGCCUACGAUGCAAUGAAUGACCUGGAGGGGGCGGCACAAGACCUCAAGGGGGUUUUGCGAGUAGAGCCAGGAAAUCGAGCAGCUCGCCGGGAGUUAGAAAGGGUUACUGAGCGGAUCCGGGCCCGGGAUGCUAGACUGGCUCAAGCCAUGCAGAAAAUGUUUGCUUGAAUAAAACCGUUUGACAGCGUCGGCGUUUGGGAGUUGUGAUUCAGAUUGGACAUUACCUGGUCCUGGAAUUGGACCCCUCCCCCAUGGAUGGACACUUGGAU